AUGCUGUCAGACGACGGCACACCUCCAACACUGCAGUCGCUGGUCAACGAGUCAGUCCCGGAGGAGAGACCAGCUCGGCCAGAGCCCUUCACUACCACCCAUCUCAAGACCAUUCUCCAUAACAGCAAGCUUCUUCUUGAUCUAUAUCGACAAGGCCGAGAGGACCCAGAAUCGUCUCCAGAUUUGCUUCCAUUCGAGCCCAAACACCCCAUUGACUUCUACCGCCGGUUCGCCAGCGGUGAGGAGUCUCGUAUGAUCGCUGAGAUCGAGCAAAUGGGUCCAGAGCUGCAUGCAUUCCGGAUCAAGCACCAGGACAUCGAGCUUGCCAGACUGAAGCGGGAGGCUAGGCGGGGUUUGGUGGAGGACAGCGAUGAGGUUGUCGUACCUGGCAACGAAGGCGAAGGUGGGGUUUCUGAAGAACAGUAUGUUGACCUUCCGGAACACAAGUCUUCUCACUCUUCCCACGAUGAGCAAGCGCUCGAGCACAUUUCCCGCGAAGAAGGCAUGGAUGCUAAUCUUAAGAGUACUCUUCAGGACACUACUGCAGGAGAUUUCCCUAGUGGAUCCCGAGACGGAGAAGGCGAACGAGGCGUUCAUGGAGCAUUCUACACAGCAAGCGAACGCGAGCGGAUGCCCAAGUACCAACCCUUCGGCCCACCCAGCACAGGAGAACACACAUGUGGAGAACAGUGCUAUUUCCCUUUCAACUUCGGCACAGGAAGACUUGAACCCGAAAACCACUGCAGUGCUGAGCAGCGCGAUCAACUCAACACUGCCAUCCAAGGAACAGCAAAAGGAGACCCAAGAUUCGGAACCAACUUCGGGUUCAAUCAUCCUGUCUCCUGGCCGCAAGAAUGGGCACUCCUCGACAUCAGACUGACGGUGAGUGUGCAAGAAUACCUAGCGGCUCUCCAUUUCCCUGAUCCCGAGGCUGUGGCCAACGAUGCUACUGCGUCCACUGGAUUCGCGGCUGCCCUUACUGAGGUACCUGCAGACAGCUGGCCGAGCCCGUUCGAACUGGAGGUGGCUCGUCUGGUGUCUUCACCUUCUAUCCCAAGAACCGAAGUACACGAAGCCGCCAGUACAGUCACAUUCCCGAACGAGACUCAGCAGCCAUAUCGCCAGGAGAAGCAUGAGACUACAGUCCUAUUCGGUAAUGUCCCGAGCGAUGCCGUCGAACUCGACGCAGCGCCAUCUCCAUCUUCUUCAGGAUCUGCCAACACCUCACAUGAGCUCGACAGCAAUACUGCCAUUGUACCCACCAACCGGCAGGAACCCCGUCAGCAGAAGCCAGUGGGGCUGCAGUUUGGCGCUUUCACUCCGGACGCGUUCUUCGAUGACGCUGAUCCUAUUCCCACGGCGUUUGUGCAGCAAACUUUCAACAAAGCGGCCCAUUCAUCUCAGGAAGGUGGUGAAACACAGGUCGCGGCAGCGCCAGAGUACUUCAACCAUUCUGCUGCUGCAUCUUCACCAGCACAGCGGACCAUGACGGCACCUGAAACGAUACUGCCUGUCGCAUCGUACGACGACGAUGUCCAUUCGCACGAAGCAGAAGAUCUCUACCAGUCUCCAGACCUGAAGGCCCUCUACCACGACACCGAUAACACACUCGCGCCUUUCCAAGUCUCCGUUUCACAGCGCCCACCUUCACCAGACUUCUACAUCCCUCCGGGCGCGAGCAGACCCGCAGCAGGCCCCUUCGUCCCAGCUCUACCGCCCACCGAUCAUGCCGAUCAUGAACAUCUGAAAGCAGCACAAGCACAAUGGUGGGCGGCGCAGACCGCUCUGAACUCCCGUCUGCGAAACGACAAGUACACCGCGCUGAAUCAACUUCGAGAAAGUGGAGUGACGUUGUUAGAUCCCCUACCACAGCGUUACAAGACUGAAGCGCUGAUAGGCCUAGGUCACCAUGUUCGCGGCGGUAGUCAGGAGCUUGGCUUGGAGUACGGGUUGGGGGCGUCUGGACCUUUAGCGGCAGAUCAUAAUGGUGAUGGCGACAGCAACGGUCAAAACAGUGCAGGCAUGGGGUUUCUCGGCUAUGGCAGCCCAGUCCCUGCACCAACACCGAUGGCGCUCCUAGCAUCACCGCCACGUAUCCCGAUAGAGAUGAUGCCGCCACAGGUCCAGAAUCGCAUCCAGACUCUGGCGCCCCGACCACAAAUAGUCAAUCGUUCAAGCACGGUUCCGCUCAACGCGACAUCUUUUACGUCCAGCCCCUCACCAGCCAACGUAUCCAACCCGGACUUGAAUAUCCCGAGGGCUCCACGUGCGAUGUUGCGCAAAGCUAAGACGCUGAAUGAGACUGCUGAUCAGGACGACCGACGUCGCGAUGGAGUCUUGGUGCUAACAAUGGACCACGACGAGUAUUUGGCACAGAGCAGAGCACUAAUCAUCCUCCGAGACACCGUCAGAGAGGCAAGGGCAGCCAUGGCCGUGGAAGGGGGGUGGGAGAGAAGAGAGAUCAAGGAUGAGCCUUGGCAGCAGAUUUUCCGGCAAGGCAGGCGUUCAGUGCUAUCGGCUAGUCAGGAGCAGGGGUCAUUGGUACGGCUCCAGUGUUGGAAUUGUCCGCACGGCUAG